AGCCCACCAUGAUCGAAGACGACUUCUACCGCACCUCCUCGCAAUACCGCCUCUGGUCCUUCACGACGGCCUCCCUCCAAGCCCAGCGGGUGACCACCAAUGCCGUCGCCAGCGACCGGGUACGCGCCGCCAUCCGCCGCGCCCAGGAGGCGCGCCGCUCCGCCACCUCGUCCGCGACGGGCACCCCGGUCCCCGAAGUAGAUGGUAGCACACCUAACACGAGCACGCCCAACCCGGCGAAAGCCGACGAGAAAGCCAUCGAAUGCCUCACACCCGAGGAAGAGCAGCAGACAGUGAGCUACUACUGCGAGCAGAUCAUCCAACUCGGCGAAGCGUACAAACCGCCAUUACCGACGAUAGUUCGAGCAACAGCAAUCCAAUACCUCCGCCGCUUCUACCUAACCAACAGCCCAAUGACCUACCACCCCAAACAAAUCAUGCCGUGCGCGCUCUUCCUCGCCACCAAAACCGACAACUAUUACAUGUCCCUCCGACACUUCGCCGACGGGGUGCCCGGCGACACGACGGCGGAAGACAUCAUCGCCCCGGAGUUUUUGGUGAUGCAGAGCCUGCGCUUCACCUUCGACGUGCGGCACCCGUUCCGCGGGCUGGAGGGCGGGAUCAUGGAACUCCAGGCCCUGGCGGCGGGCCAGGGCCAGCCGGCGCCGCACCUCGCCGCGACACAGACACCAGAAUCCCUCCAGCGGGCCUUUCUCGCCCUGCCUCCUCCCCCCAAUGCCACCUCCACCUCAUCUGCCACCAAUGUCACAGACCGCAUCGCCCGCGCCCACCACAACACCCGCGAGAUCCUCAAAUCCGCCGCCCAGAUCACGGACGUGUAUUUCCUGUUCACGCCGGCGCAGAUCUGGCUCGCCGCGCUGCGGCUGGCCGAUCCGCCGCUGGCCGAGUAUUACCUGGACACGAAACUCGGGAGCCCCGCGCAACCUUCCGGUGAAGAAACACCGGAUAAUAUCCUACAAACCCUCCGACCCAAACUCCUCCGCACCCUCACCGACUGCGCCGCCAUGCUGCAGGCUUACAAGCCCCUCGCGUCGGAUCCGGAUCAGAUGAAGACCCUCCGCCGCAUCAUCGGGAAGAAGCUGUAUCACUGCCAGAACCCCGAGAAGGUAAACUUAGGAGGUGGCGCGCAGAAAAGGAUCCCCGCGGCGGCGCUCGCUGCCUCAGCAGCUGCGGCAGCAACCCCCGGGGGGGUCGAUUCUGGGGCGUCGGAGAGUGAGAUGGAGCGGUUGGCGAAGAAGCGGAAAUUGGAGAACGCUGCGGAACAUUCUGGCAGUAAAGAUAUCUUCGGGGGGGAGUUGGUUAUGCAGAGGACUAAGGAGCGCUAG